AUGUUACUUUAUCUAUUUCAAUUAACGUUACAUAUUUUUAUAACAUUUAUAAUAUUAGUUAUAAAUUGUGGUGGUGGAAAAAAAGAAGAACAAGAUUCAGGAGAGAUAAAAAAACAAAUUGUUUUAGCUAGAGCAGGAGAAUUAAAUGAUCAGGAAACAUUUAAUCGCACAAUGGAUAAUGAACUUAUUCGUCUUAAACAAGAAAUAAAAAGUCAUAAAGAUACAGGUAAUAAUUAUACAUAUGAUAAUGCUGGUUGUACUCCAUUUCCAACUCCUGUAACAACACCAUUUCCUGAAGAAUUGAAAGUUAUUGAAAGAGAAAAAUCAUUGUUAAGAGAUGUUAAUAUGGAAAAUCCACAAAUUUUUAGAGUUUAA